ACAAAAACAAAUGUGGCAAUCAUUAUCGAACAUGGGUGCCACCCCAGCUGCGUUGACACUUUAUACCCUCCAAUCCAACUACUCCCAUCUUCUUAAUUAUAAAUCCUAUGAACCCCUCUACAAAUUAAGCUCCCCCCCCAAAAAAUGUCCCUAAUGAAACCUGCGUUGGGCACGAUCACCAUUUUUCUUCUGCUAAUCUCAACCACCCAUGCUGUCCCAACCAAAAGCCAGCACGUAAGCCAAGCGAGCCAGUUUUUGGCUCCUCACAAUGUCGCUCGGCUCGCCCUUCGGCUGCGGCCCUUGCUGUGGGACGCAAAGCUGGCGCGCUACGCACAAUGGUACGCCAAUCAACGACGCUUUGACUGCGCUUUGGAGCACUCCGACGGGCCCUACGGCGAGAACAUCUUUUGGGGCAGCGGCAACGACUGGACGCCGUCUCAGGCAGUGGCGGACUGGGUUUCGGAGCGCCAGUGGUACGAUUAUUGGUCGAACUCGUGCGCCGGCGGCGAGCAAUGCGGGCAUUACACUCAGAUAGUGUGGAGCUCGACGAGGAGAGUUGGGUGCGCCAGGGUGAAGUGUUUGGGCGACAGAGGGGUUUUCAUGACUUGCAACUAUGACCCUCCUGGGAAUUACAUUGGCGAAAGGCCAUAAUGAUAUGUGAAAAUGAUGAGAGCAUGCAUAUGUAAACUGUACGUGGUGGGCUAGUGUGUCUCUCUCGAUCUAUAUC